AUGGGCUGUGGGGCCUUCAACGCCCACCCCUCCAACGGACAGCAAUCGUCGGACUUCACCGCCACCGGCGAAACGUCCAAGUCAAAGAGCCACCCGCGCACGAAGGACCUUAAGAAAACGACCCUAUUGGAAAUGCGCAGCCUACGGUGCGGGAAGGAGUUCAGCCCAUACUCCAGCGGGGUCGACUUUGCGCAAGUCAUGGAGUCUACCCACUCCCAGGCCGACGCCUAUGGAAGUGACUCGGAAGGCCCCACGCCUCUACCCUCCCAGCGCAGCAAUGCGGAGACGGCCCUUCAGCUGGUUGAGGGAGGGGCGGGAGGCAUCCACGGACCUCCCUUCUCCCAGCAUGUUGACGCAGGCACGGGGGUUACGUCCUCACACCCAGCCUUCCAGCAGGCUGAGGAGAAGGCUGAACGCGUUGAAGAAGGUCCCCAGCCGCCCACGCACCCCGCCAAGCAUGCACCUGAUGGGAGCAAUGGGCGUCGGGAGAGUGUGGCAAAGAUGUCGUACAAGGCUUACAAACGAAAUCUGGCGCGAGAGGCCAAAUACCAACGCAUUGGCCGCCGAGCCGCCGCACGCACCAAGGCGCUGCUGUCCCAAUCUGCGCCUCUACAAGGAAGCGGCCUCAAGACGGAGGAGCUCCCAGCUGCGAGAGGCGGCUAUACUGCUAGAAACCCCCCUCAAGGCCCCGGAACUUUGCACUGUUUGGGCCUGGAGGAGCUGCUUGCCCAAGGGUUCAGCCUGGUAGAAUGGGAUGGGCGCACCCCUCGCCCCAUAACUGAUUCAGCAGGGCGGGUGUUUGCAGUGCUAGCAGGCCGGCCAAACGACAAGUCCUUCGACCGGGACUGCUUGGCUGCAUACUCUUCUAUGGAGUCAGAGCUUCAAAGCUUUGAACUUCAAGAUAGAGAGCGUAGGCAUAGGCGCGGUAACUUCCCGGCUUUGGCUGCUGGCGUGUCCUAUGGCAACGGACAGACGGCGCCCUCCAGGCUUGUUUCGGGCGAGAGCGGCCCGCAUGCGGAAGGCCUUGAUCGCCUUCUGAAGCACUCUGCUUUUCAACGGCUUGCAUCCUACGCAGACUCCACAUUUCAACUUUGGGCCCCCCGCCUGCACGCCCACUACGUCAACUACGUAGAUACCAUGUACCAGGCCCUCCCCCACCUGCGAAGAAACUUUGCAAAAUCAGUUUUCCCCUGUGCCACGUUCAACUUUGGGCCUAAGGUACAAACUUUCAAGCACAGAGAUACAAAGAACUUGGCCUAUGGCUGGUGCGCGAUAACGGCUCUCGGAAAGUUCGAUCCGAAAAAGGGGGGACACCUGGCUCUGUGGGAGGCCAGGAUGGUGUUGGAGUUUCCACCCAACUCUACCAUACUGUAG